GUAAUGGAAGAUCCAUCAAGCGAUAGUGGGCAAUCAACAAACGGCGCUGAGCCUGAGCUGGACCCCAUGGAAUUGUAUGACAAUGAAGAGAGCAGAUCCCAUACUGUGGAUGAUUCAAAUGGACAGUCUUCUAUGGAUGUUGACAGAAAACAGCUUUCUGUGGAUGCUGAUAUGAAUGGGAAACCAUCCUUGGAUGGUGACGGUAAGGGAAAGUACUCCGAGUCACAUGCAGAAGUUCCAAUUGACAUGAGCUUGGGAAGCCUAGAGAGGUUCUGCAAGGAAGCAUCAAGGUCAUUUUUUGAUGAGGUUGGUUUGAUUAGCCAUCAGAUAAAUUCCUACAACGAGUUUGUCUCGCAUGGGUUCCAGGAGCUAUUUGAUUCGCUUGGAGAAGUGACUGACGAGCCAGGUUAUGAUUCCUCAAAGAAAGGAACUGUUGGUGGUUGGAGGCGUGCCGUCAUCAGGUUUGGCAGAGUGAAACUGGGAAAGCGUGUAUUUUGGUCUGACAAAGAUGAUAUUGAUGAGGAGUCACUUAAGCUGAAGCCUAGACAUGCUCGCGUCCAAAAUAUGACAUAUUCCUCCAAAAUGGAAGUAGAAGUGCAUCUUCAGGUCAGCAGUCUUCAUGUUCUUUAUAUUCUAUAA